CUGGCGCUCUGCCCCAGCCUGGCAGUGCUGUCUGUCUGUCAGCGGGAGCGAGGUGGCUGCGGCAUCGACAGACUCCCUCCGCCAGGGCAGCAUCUCUGGAUGUCCAUCUCCGUUCAGAUGUCCAGUUUUCUCCCAUCCAUGAGCUCAGAUUUCCAGCAUUACAGUUUCAGGAUGCCGAACAUUGGGUUUCAGAACCUGCCUCUCAAUAUAUACAUUGUGGUUUUUGGCACUGCCAUAUUCGUCUUCAUCCUUAGUUUACUCUUCUGUUGCUACUUGAUCAGGCUCAGACAUCAGGCACACAAAGAGCUUUAUGCCUACAAACAGGUUAUUCUAAAGGAAAAAGUAAAAGAGCUUAAUCUGCAUGAGAUCUGUGCCGUUUGUUUGGAGGAAUUCAAGCCCAAAGACGAGCUGGGAAUCUGUCCAUGUAAACAUGCCUUCCACAGAAAGUGCCUCAUUAAGUGGUUGGAGGUGCGAAAAGUGUGUCCACUCUGCAACAUGCCUGUCCUACAACUGGCACAACUCCAUAGUAAGCAGGACCAUGGGCCUCCCCAGGGACCCCUGCCUGGGGCAGAGAACAUUGUAUAGCUUCUCCCAAGCAAAGGACACUUCCAUCACAAAAAAUAUCGCAAGGAUGAAAACGAUGGACUUAUGCAGAGAAUCGCAGAUCUCUGAAUCUGUUGCUUACAGCCUUGGUGCAUCUACCAGGAUUCCCUUUGUCUCAUGAAGAGCUCCCACGAUGCACUUUAGGGGACGGGGCCAGAUGCUUGGACUUCAGAACAACCAAAGCAAUAUGCCAC